AUGAUUAAAAAUCUAUAGAAUCUUAUUAAUAUUACAAAUUCUAAAUACACUUAAGAUCCAAAAUAUCUAUAUAUAUUAGAAGAACCUCAUUUCUAAAAAGCAAUUUUUUAAUUGUUCAAACUUGCCAAUUUUCUAAAGGAGUAUUUGUUAAACUUGAAAAGAUGGCCAGUAUGA